GCAGAGACACACUUCUCUAUGAGUGCAUUGACAGCUUCUGACAACAUGACACAUGCACCUACAGCCAACAGCACAGAGGCCCAUGUGUCUACUUCAUUGUGCUGGUCCACAGAGCCAGGGACAGACAGUCUGACCUGCCCUGUGUGCUUCAGGGAGGUGAACACCACAGACCUGACAGUCUUCAACAGACAUGUUGACCAGUGUCUCAGUGGGGUUCCUAUGGAGCACAACAUUCACACAGACACAGAACUAGAGAGAGGCUCCAGUGUCUGUGAGGAGGAGGUGGCGAAAGAGAGGGAAGAGGAGAAAGAGAUAGCUGAAGGGGAAAGGAGGAGGGAGGAGGGGUUGAUGGAGAAAGGUAGGGACCCACUCAGUAGGUGCAUGUUGGACUCAUUGGGCCUUCGAUUGGACUCUAGUGCAGGUGAUCAUAAAGGACUACUUCUGUAUGAGACUAGUACAACUAAUAUUUCACUAAACGCUGUGGGCCUGAACCCUGUCUGCCUUAACACUUGUCCAAAUGGAGGUGUGUCUAUACCUAGAGUUACAGACCCUAACAUCCUGAAGGGUUCAUCUCAAAGUGACCCUCGUGUUCGUCCGUUGUCCCCAGGUGGCCCUCGGCCAAUGACUACGCCCAAGGUUGAGUCACAUGACCCCAGAGAACCCGCCCUCACCUGCCCAGUGUGUCAGGUGACACAGGACACCGAUAACCUCACCCUCUUUAACCUCUGUCUAAACCAGGAGGUCUUGCAUGAGCUUGAAGGACUGGCGUCUGUGGACCGCACCACCCACAAUGCAACACCUGCUGCCCACAAAGAGCGAGAGCAGCCCCUGCGGAGAGCGCCACAGAAAGGCAAGAGCAAAAGGAGAGGCUCGUCUCCCCCGCCCCCAUCUAAGAAGGCCAAAGCCCUGGGCCCAGUUCGGAACACCAUCGACAAGUUCUUUAGGUGACGCACCUUAGGUGACAACACACACGAAGACCAAGAGGAUGGCAUCUUAUUCUCAGACGGUGAUGAAGACUGACUGUUACCUGGAUCUCAGGUGAAUGGAGUGCUGGUGACCUCAAUAGAAAACAUACCGACCUACCUAGUACUUCUUAGAUUGCUGGGCAUUUGGAUUGCUUACUCAAGAAUUGAAGAUGCACUUUCUUAUUUCUAUAAUGUUAGUUUUUAUUUAUUUUGUUCAUUCUCUAAUGUCAUAAUGGUCAUAAAUUGCUUGAUUUAUUUAUUGUACUGCUCUACUUGAUCAUGUACUAGCUGCUGCUAAAUGAGGGGACUCUGUGUUUUUGCAUCUUGUGUUUCGCACCAUUUUAGAUGUAAAGAAGAAGGUGCACGAUGGAUGUGAAGAAUAGGGGUUAAAAUAACUAAACAGUAUAAGAUUACAUUUUUUAAAUACACUGAACAAAAAUAUAAAUACAGCAUAUAAAGUGUUGGUCUGCACAAAAAGUU